AAGACUCUCCUUGCUCAUCACGAGUAACCCAUUUCAACCACCGUCUAUGGGAUCUCCGUCGUUUCUCCACCGCCGGCAUUGAAAUUCUUCCUCACCGCUUCUCCUUCACUGAAUCGGUGAAUCUCCCCGCUAGCUAGAUAGUCCGAUCGGGUUUUUUUUGGGUAUGAUGGAGUCGAAGGAAUCGAAUGGUGAUGUUUCUGUCAAGGAGGAGAUCGAGGCGUUACCGAAAGAUAUCGUGGAGAGAUCUAUGCGGUGUAGUAGUAAUUUCGAGGAUCAUAGUUUCGAUAAUGUAGAGGAUCAUUGUGGUGGUGGUGGUGAAGGUGAUGAGAUCAAGGAGGGGGAGGAGGAGGAGGAGGUUGAUGUUGUGGAAUGCUCGGUUGUGAAUGGUAAUAACAAUAGGGUUGAUGUCUCGGAGUGUGAUGAUGGGAAUGGGACUGAUGAGUACUCGAGCUCGUUUAGUGGAACGGUGUCUGAACAUGAGAGUGAUAAAUCAGGUUUUAAUGAUCAGGAAGCUGAUUCCAUGAUGUGUACUGAUACUUCUAUCCCAUUCUAUAUGAGGAAGAAGAAGCUGACUGAUCACUGGAGGAAGUUCAUACAGCCUAUAAUGUGGCGGUGCAAAUGGGUUGAACUCAAAAUCAAAGAACUUCAGAACCAAGCACAGAUGUAUGACAAGGAAGUCAAAGAAACUAGCCAAGCAAAGCAACUGGAGUUGGAAAAUCUCAAAUCAGAAGAGGUUGUUGGAGUGAAGGCAUUGCCUCGUCUUCCAUGUCAUACUCAGAAAACUCAACUCAAGAAGAGGCACAAGAGGAAGCGAGUUGAAGAAGCUUCGGAUGCUCCUUCCAAUGCAUUAAACCAUAAUCUCUUCUCUUAUCACGCAUACCGGAAAUUUAAUGCUGAUACUGCUCUCAAUGACAACUCUCGCAAGCUAGAUAAAAAGACUAAGAGCUCUAAGGAGGAUGCAGUGUUCUCCGAAGAUACACCACCUCUCGAGUUUAGAGAAGGUGAUGCAUUCUUGGAACAGAUACUUCUGAAGAUCGAAGCAGCAAAGCUAGAAGUGCGUAACUUGAAGAACCGAGUAGACAAAGUGAUGAAUGAGAAUCCAAGUAGGUUCUCUUUGGACGACACAGUGAUUAUGCUUGGAUCUGCUGAUGUAGUCACCGGCUCGGAGCAGCAAAAUCCUGAACCGGUUAUCAAAAACGAAGAUGAGAACCCGGUCAUUUCUAAAGAAGAAGAAGAAGAACCAGCCAAGUCUGCUUCUGUUUCAUCUCAUCACGACAAAGCACCUGAAGAAGACGACGGGAACACAGAUAUUUUGCUGUCGGAUAUGAUUGCUUCAAGGAAAAGAGGAGGGAAAGCUAUUGUUCCCGACAAGAAAGUGGAGAAGACAGAACAAGCUGCUGUUGAGGAAGGUCCAUCGAGACCUGUCAGGAAAAGAAAACCACGCAAUCUUGACGUGGAGGUAAAGGAAGGGACUAGCAACCCAAAGAAACGUAGAGUUUCAAGAGAGAAGCCAAAGACAAAUGUUACAAUGGCUUCUAGGCUUAAGCUUCCUAGCAGGAAGAGAAAGGGAGGGAAAAGAAGGGCAGGAGGAGGCUCUGCUGGGUUAAGAAGAAGAUCCUAAAAACAUCCUCUUAAGCUUUAAAGUACAGAUAUAAUAUGUGUGUUGAUUCUUGUGUGUUAAAAAGCUCAUCACCAAAUCUAUUCAAACUCAUGAUGUUGUUUUAUGUAUCUAUAUAUGACUAUAACUAAAUCAACUUUGGAGA